ACUCGGAUUCUCUUCCAUUCUAGUACCUUGCCGUUAUUAGUUGAGUUUGAGAGACUAGUGUUGUUAACAAGUGGUAUUAGAGGGUUCGAUUCUCAGCUUCAAGUCGCCAACGUCAUGACUCUCAAUGUCAAGCUCAUCCUCGACGAGUUCAACCGGAGGUUCGACGCGACCGAGGCUGGACUCGACUGGCGCUUCGCGAAGCUGCUGCAGCCGCAAGCUGAGGGGGUGGACGAGCCGUUCCGCGAUGUGGUGAGCCCUCUAUCGCAUCCUUCCAUCGUCUACGUCUCUACGAGUCGUAACGCGACGAGGCCAUGGCGGGAGCCAAUGCUAGUGCGCUUGCUGGCCGUCGCGACGAGCGGCCCGCACGGGGACGCAAUUCCUCCUCCGACGACAGAUCUGAGCAAUCCUACCUCACGCCCACCCGUGAGGCCACCAACAGGGCCCCUGCGCCCGACGAUAGGUUGAUGGCGUCCGUCGACCACCGUCGACGCCAGACUCCGGAUGAAGAAGGAGGUGUCGAGCAGGAACGGGGCGGUGCCGUUGCCGACGAGGUGGAGGCCAUGGCGGCGCACGAACUUCCUAGAGAUGAGACCGGAGCAGAGGCUGCAACCCAGCAGCCGUGGUGCCUUUGCUGAUCCACUUCGUCCCUGGUGAUGAUGGGUUCAGAUGGAGCAUGCAUGGGGUUUGCUGCUACUCACGGUGGCGAGCUUGUCACUGGCGGACACGCUGGAGGAGCACCCUGCUCUGUGGCUGUCGCAGUUUCCGCUCGACGCGUGCGAGUUCACGUUUGAUCGUGUGUCCGUUCCGCGGAUGGAGCUGCUCGUCCUAGGCAUCCUCGAGUGGUGGGUGGUCGUCGACAUCCCUUUCCCCUACAUCCGCUGCUUCGUGGCGCAGUUUCGGCAGGACGAGCGGCGGGCGAUCUGCGAGCGCGCCGUGCAGCACCACUGCACCAGCUACCUCAAGCAUAGAGGAGGAUGUACCCUUUGACACUCCCACAAAGUGUUCGAUAAGGGUCCUCAACCACAGCGCCAACUACGGCCGCUUCACUGAAGACCGGCGUAAAGAGGGCCAGAUUCAUUGCCUCCAUCGUCAAGGGCCGCAGUGGCUCACUGUUCCGCGAGAAGAUGAUCGUGGGUGUUGGUGCUCGCUUUGUCGUCAUCGUCGACGCGUCCAAGCUCGUGUCGCGCCUCGGCUGCACGGGCGCCAACCCCGGCGAGGUCAUCCCCUUCGGCGUGCUUCACACGCUGGGACACAUCCGCGGCCUCUUCGACGGCUUGCCUGGAUUCCACGCCAGGCUGAGGUCUGUUCCAGCGACCGCCGCCAAGGGGAAAGAAGACUCGAAACAGUCCUUCGUCACCGACAACGACAACUACAUCAUCGAGGACGGCAUCCGCGGCGACCUGCACGACAUCAGUGACCGUCUGUUUCAGAUCACCGGCGUCGUAGAACACGACAUGUUCCUAGAUCCUAGGCUAAUUUUCCCACGCUGAAGAAGCUGGAGAUGCGAGGAAGAAGGUGCAGCUUACAGAGGCCGCGGAGCGUUGCUUCGACGAGUUGGUCGGAAGAGGCCUGCUCCGUCUCACGGUCGGAAGCAAUGGAGCCACGGGAGCCAGGAUGCCCCCGUCAUGAUCCGCUCCUUCACGAAGGACGUGUCUGAAUGAGAACUUCUGCACUGAGUCAGCAGCAAAUAAUAUUUUCGAAGUGCGGCGGCUGUCCAUCGUUGAGAACAACGAGGCUGACGAUCGCAUUGGUGAGGGGAUGACAAUGGCAGCAUGGAUGACGAGCAUGGAAAUAACGGUGAGGUUCGAAUAGGCCGGCGAGCACCUGUGGGUCAAGAUGGGCGGCCACAAGGUGCUCAACGUCGACACGUACGACAGCAUCUUCGCCAAGCCAGGCGGCUCAUUCCGCAACCCCGAUGUGCACGUCGAUGGCUCCAGCGACUUGGGCCUCAUUUUCAUGAGCGCCAUCAGCCUCGUCGACAUGUUCAUGAGCUCGAGCAAGUGGACGGAGUUCUUCCGUGAGAAGAGGGCAGCGUGGCAGAUGGCUAGGAGAAAUACUGUCACCUAUAGCAUUUUGGAGCAGAGAGACACAUGGAAGGUUCAGCUCUUCAAAUCCAUUCAUAGUGGUGCUGUUUUUGGCUUUCCGAGAAUCCUGAGGAAGCUGCAAGAGCUAGGCUCGUGAGUGGACUUAUGCAACCAUGGCCUCUACCUAUGGAGUUGAGCGAUUGGAUUUAUGCAAGGCAUUCGAUAACUUAACGAUAAAGGUCAGCAGCUUGGGGACAAGCCAAGCGUUGGGGAAUCUCAGUACAGUGUCAUGUGGUGCCAUGUGGGCCCUUGAAAAGUGGCAAGUGAGGUAUUCUCUGCUAUAAAAUGGAGAAGCUGGACACGCGAUGGUUAUCAAAGAAUCAACAGAGAACCUCUUUAUUGUUCAUCUUCCUCCAUUCUCUAGGCUGUUUAUCUUCCCCAACUUUAUCUCUCUUGUACCCGGAUUCUCUUCCACUCUAGUACCUUGCUAGUGUUGUUAACAGGCAGUCGCCGGGCAAGGCAUCUUCCGGAACAUGGGCGAAGUCCGGACCGGGAGCUCCACGUACGACCACUUCUCGCUGCCACCGAUGGCCCCGCCAGAGUACGACCUCCUGCGGCGCGUGUGCGUCCAGGUCGUCGCCGGUCCAAGCAUCUACGAAGUUGUCUUACUAAUUUGUUUAAGCCUUAAAAUUCCCUUUUUUUCCCUUUCCCAGCAUCUACGAAAUUGAAUCACCAAAAAAAGCAUGAAAUGAGCACUAUCAUAUAUAUACGAUAGAUAUAGAAAACAAAAUGGCUCAGCAAAUACCCAUCAGUGUGCAUGGUAACACUUCAUAGACAUAUCGAACAGCUUGCUGGAGUUUAUAACAUUCAAAAUUUGGACCAGCCAAGGCCCAGAUUAACCUAUGACCAGAAAAGAAACAGACACCCUCUACACAACCAGUCAAUCAUAUAUUUGAACCUCUCCUAUAGUGAAACAAUUCUU